AUGAAGGUCCUCUGUCUUCACGGGAAAGGCACAAGUGGAAGCAUUUUCCGCUCCCAGAUCUCCUCGUUCCGCACCAGAUUGCCCGAAGAAUCCAUUGAAUUCGACUUUAUCGACGGUCCAUUUGAGUGCCCUCCAGCACCAGGCAUUGACCUAUUUUACAGCCCACCUUACUACUCCUUCUGGGAGCGUGAUGAUGUCGACUCCGUUCGCGCUGCCUAUACCUGGCUGACCGAAUACAUCGCCAAGAACGGCCCUUACGAUCUGGCGUUGAUGUUCUCCCAAGGAUGUGUCCUGGGCUCUACUGCUCUCCUCCUUCACCAAGAAGAGACGCCCCACCUCCCACCGCCCUUCAAAGCGGCGGUUUUCAUAUGUGGGGGCGCGUCCUUGAUCAUGCUGGAGGAGCUGGGCUUCCAUAUAUCCGCUGAGGCGCGAGAGCGCGAUGCUGCUUCUCGAACUGCUCUGGCCUCGCAGGCUGGCUCUUCGGCUGUCUUGGCUCAGGGCUCGAAGCGCUGGACUGGUCUUGAUUCUUUGGAUAGUGGAUUGUCCGAGGAGGAACUGCGCGAUGAGAUUACGAGUCCCUUGCGUAUUAGUAUCCCCACUGCGCAUAUAUACGGUGCUAAAGAUCCUCGGUUUGUCGCUGGUGUGCAUCUUUCUGGUAUCUGUGAUUCGGAGAAGCGCCGCACUUACGAUCAUGGUGGUGGGCAUGAGAUUCCGCGGACUGGAGUUGUCAGUGAUAAGAUCGCGGAGAUUUUCCAAUGGGCGGCUGCGCAAGGAGGUGCUUGA